AUGACUCGGUUGAGAGAAGAGAAGAAACGGCGGUGGAUUCUGUUGCGAGAAGAACCGGCGGUGGAGACGGUUGAGAGAAGGGAAGAACCGGCGGUGGAGACGGUUGAAAGAAGAGAAGAAGAGGAGACGCCAUCGGUGGUGACAAGGAUGAGCGACGGCGCAAAGAGAAGAGGAGAGGUUUUCUGCGGAGAGAAAGAGGAGAAGAAAGAGAAUCUAGGUUAA